CACCCUUUCUUGACUAUACCAAUGGAACCGGAAGAUUGAAUGCAGAGAUUGAAUGUAAGUCUUCAUCCACAGCAGCUGCACUCAGUACCCACCAGGAGAUACGGAGGCGGUCAAAUUCUGCCGGAAGCUAUCGCGCAUCAGCGCAGCUUGAGCUUUCUUCAUUCAUAACACUCUCAACAACCUUUAAGGAUGGCACCUCCUUACUCAGACGAAAGCCGACCGUAUUCAGGGCCGUCUCGCCGAGUUUACCCUCCCAGAGAAGAACGGGACGGCCGCAUGUACGAUGAUCGCUCUCGCUCACGCUCGCCUGGCGACCAUUCUGGCUCGCCUCCCCAACGAAUAGCAGACCACAGGCGCGAGUACUCCAGGGACAGAGAUGCUGGAGCGCACUAUGAAAGCCGGGAGCGGGAUGACUAUCGUCAUCGAUCGCCUCUGCGGCGAGGACGACAGGGAUAUCGUGACCGCGAUCGCGAGGGAUAUCGAUCACCGGAUUAUAACCACGGUGGAAGCUACAGUCGCAGUCGCAGCCCACGUCGAGCGCAAUCUGGAUUCGGCCCAGAGAGCCGGGAGAUCAUGAUGGAAGGCUUCCCCAUUGAUAUGACUGAAGACGAUAUUGGGGACGAGCUUCAGAACGCGUACCACGUCAGUGGCUUGGAGGAAAUCCGAGUGAUUCGAGACCGACAAACGAAGGUAUCGCGACAGCUGGGAUUCCUUCGAUUCCACUCCAUCAACGAAUCCAGAGCUUUCCUGGAACGAAACCACCCGUCCAUCUAUCUAUACGGACCAUCCGCGGGAGAUACCGAUCGGAGCACGAAAGUUCGCAUCGCAUACAGUCGCGAGAGGGAAGACAGGAGUCGCACAAAAGGAGAAGGCGAUUGGACUUGUCGAAUGUGUGCUGUCGUCAAUUUUGCAACCCGACCAAAGUGCUUCCGCUGUAACGCCCCUCGUCCAGAAAUCAUGCCCGCUGGCCCGCCUGGUGUUCCUAUCCCCAAGGCUGUGAACAAUGGUGAUAACGACGCCGCCCCCGAAAAUCAACCAUCCCAAUUCCUUCUUUUCCGAGGGCUGGAGACCUCAGUAACAGAGGAACUCCUGGCUAAAGGUGUUGCCAAGCUGUACCGACCCAAUGGGGGAAGCAACGAUGGCCCCUCGUCAACCAACCAGAAGAAAGGGGCCAAAGUUGCGUCGACGACUGGAGAUGCCAAUCUCGGAGCCCGUGAGGGCUCUAUCAGGCGUGUCCUACUUGUUCGCGACCGGAACACAAACGACAGCUGGCGCUUUGGAUUUGCCGAGUUCGCUAACGUAUUGGAUGCUCAAGCGGCAAUGGCGCGAUUAAACUCGUUCGAGAAGUUCACCAUCUCGUCCAAGCCUGUCAUGGUCAGCUAUAUUCACGCAGGCGUCUUCGUACCAGUCAUGGAUCCCAAGCCCAGCACGGCCCACUUUACAUUCAGUCCGUUGUCAAACCCUUCUGUUAAACUCAUGUACUGGGAUGACGAGGGUUAUGUCACUGAGCUGAUGCUAACAUCGGGCGAAGAAGAUGUUGCUCAAGAUCAGCCGAAGAGUACCAAAUCUUCGGGACAGCGAGAACAUAAUGAAAAUAAAGGCACAAAAGAGGCUGAAAAAGCCAAGAAAAGAAAGGCGGACGCAGCCGCAAGUGCGAGUGCAAAGAAGCUUGCCAUGCCGUCCCACCUGCAAUUCUGGAGCAACCGCCAUGCCGAGCUUCACGGCAUCGCGAAAGAUGGCGAGGAGGAUAUCCUGGACGGCUCAACCGAGAAAGGAGGAUUGUCUUCGGACACAGGCGCACCGCCUACUCAAUCCUAUGCUGAUCUCAAUCGAAAUUGUUGCUACCUCUGCAUGCGGCAAUUCAAAAGUUCUGCUAAUGUCAACCGACACGAACGCCUUAGCCAGCUCCACCGAGACAACUUGCAGAAUGAAGAAUUAAAAUCACGGGGGAUGGCCAAGCUGAUCAAGCAUGGAAUCGUCCAGCAAUCAUCGUCCGAAUAUCGCGAUCGUGCGAGGGAACGCCGUCGGGCAUUUGGACGUUCGAAGACCGGGGCUCGACAAAAGCCAGCAGCACCCAAGGAAGAGGAAGCCCCGCCUCUCCAGGCUACUUCGAAGGGUGCAUCGCUACUGAGCAAGAUGGGCUGGUCGGCAGGCUCCGGUCUAGGUGCUCAAGGUACCGGUGUCACUGCUCCUAUCGCCACGGAAGUCUAUGCUCAGGGUGUCGGACUGGGCGCACAAGGAAGCAAGCUCGGCGAUGCUGUGGAAGAGGCAGGCCGAAACACUAGGGGACGAUAUGAUGAAUUCUUGGAGAAGACCAGGGAGACAGCCCGCCAACGCUAUGAUCAGAUGAAUGAGUGAUGGGCCUCCUCCGAGAUAGAGGGCUCUGUACAAUAAUGAUAUCCCCGAAUCGAUCAGAUUUAAAC